AUGUUUGUCUUUCAAAUAACCUUCACAAUUUUAUCGUGCAUCCCAUUAAUAAAUACGAUCUUAGAUGAUGAUAUUCUUUAUGAUAUUAAAUGGCAAUCAGAAUUAAAUUCACCAAUUGAAUUGAGAAAUAAUUUUAUUAUUACAUCAAAACGAAAAGAAACAUAUUCAUGUGUAUUACCAACACUUGAAUCAAUAAAUACAAAAUCAACAGAAACUAUUUUAUUAAAUGAAAUCGAACCAUUAAUAGAAAAAUUACAUUCUAAAAAACAAUGUACUUAUCGAUUAGAUCCAUAUUGGACAUAUGAAUUAUGUCAUGGUAUACAUGUUCGACAAUAUCACGAAAGUAAAAUAGCUGAUAAAAGAACAAUUCAUCAAGAAUAUUUUCUUGGUUAUUAUCAUUCAAAUAAUCAAGAUAUAAUUACAACCAUUGAUAAUGAACAAGUAUUAAAGAUUCAUUAUAAAACUAUUAAUAAUCGAGUAAUACCAAUGUUACCAAUUCGAUAUACAGAUGGAACACAAUGUGAUAUUAAUUCAAAUAGACCACGUGAAACAACUGUUUUCUAUAUAUGUCAUGAAAAUGGUAAUAAUGGUGUAAUCAAUUUUCAAGAAGUUUCAUCAUGUCAAUAUGAAAUGACUGUUGCAUCAUCAUGGAUUUGUAAUUUACCAGAAUUUAGUCCAACAGAAUCAAAUCGACAUACAAUAAAUUGUUAUCCACAAGAAAAUGCUCCUCAAAAACCAAGAAAUUUAAAAAAACUUGAAUAUGAACAAGAACAAUUACUAUCAAAACAAGGUGAAGGUGCACAAUUUACUAUGACAAGUGCAGAUGGAACAACAUUUAUUAUUUCAUAUAGAUAUGUAAAUGAAGAAAAGGUUAAUGAUAUAGUUAAUAAUGAUGUAAAAUCAUCAGAAAAUGAACAAUUAUCAUCUAAUGAAAAUAUCCUUGAAUUUGUCGAAGGAUUUUUUUCUGGUCGAGAUUGUUUAACAGGUGGAUCAGGUUGGUGGCGAUAUGAAAUAUGUUAUGGAAAACAUGUUAUUCAAUUUCAUGAAGAACAAGGAACACGAACAACAAUUCAACUAGGUACAUGGAAUUAUGAAAAACAUGUUGAAUGGAUAAAUACAAAUCCAAAAAAGAAAUCUGACAGCGAUUACAAACAACGACAAUAUGUAUCAUUGUAUUAUACUGAUGGAGAUGUAUGCGAAUUAACACAGAUGCCACGUGUUGUUGAAGUUAAAUUAAGAUGUUUGACCAAAGAAAAUAAAUCUCAUGUUCCAAUAAUGUAUCUUGUUGAACCAGAAAGUUGUUCUUAUGUUUUAGGCAUUGAAUCUUCGGUAUUUUGUGAUUUAAUUGAUUUUACAGAUGAAGAUGGUAUUCCUGAUUAUGACGAAUUGAUAAAACAUUUCCGAGAACAAUAA